CGGAAGCCUGAGGAGCACGGUGCUUUUGUCGUUGGCCGUCACAAAGAGCUCUGGAAAGACUCUCUGCGCCUUUUGAAGAGGGAUUUAGAAGCACGCGGGUUCUUCGUUCGCAAGCUGUGCUUCCAAGAGGAACUCAUUCGCUUCGGAGACGGAAGAUUCGCUCGGGGAAUUGGUCUUGAGUGGUCCCUGGAAUGCCGCACAUGACUCCUGUUUCAAGUACUGUUCUUUGAUGUGCACCUGUGCGCUGACACUACAAUUUGGUCUCAUCUAGGCGAGUGCGCUUGGACCUUCCUUCUGACAUGACGUGCUCCUCGAGUUUCGAGGAUCCCUGAAUCUCAAACUUGUGCGACAUGAUUGUCGCCUCUUGAUCAGUAGAACUACAAGGCCAUGCCGCGCAAUUGCUUCAUUUCGACAUCUGACAGACAUCCUCUAAGCGAUCUUCAAUCAUGCGAGCCAAGCGAGCCUUUAUGUUGUUGCACUUGUGCGGACUAACUUGUGCGCUGCCAGUACCGACGUACGGCAGCCUUGCACGAUCCAAAUUAUUCGAUUCCACAAGCUCCUCUGCUGCAGUGCUAGGCAAUCUUUUGAGCAAGGCACUUGAGCCGCCCUCGAACACUAUUGCAAAGUUGCUCGACAUGCUCGCCCCUUUGUCGGCGGCAAGCAAGUCUCCGUCGGCCCAAACGAAAGCCUUCAACAGUAACAAAGUCGCGGAUGCGACUGGUUCAGGUGCUGCUGCAGCUGCUGCUCUAUCAGAAGUCAAUGAUGACCGCAACACUAUCGUCAUUCCAGUCAUUGCGUCCGUUGACCAGAAUGGUGUAGCCACAGCCAGAGCGCUCAACGGCAUUGAGAUUCCGAAUCGCGCAACACCAGGUGGCUCCAAGCCUGUGGCCGUACAGGCACAACAACCUCAACCCCAGCCUCAGCCAGUGCCAAGUCGUGUUCCAGCCACUAAGGCGAGCUUCAGUCCUGUGCCUCAAAAGGCUGUGCCCCCUGCUAACGCGGUCGGCAUCGAUGGAAUAUUGGCAUCUGCCACUGCCCCUAGUUCAGUUGAUGAUGGAGAUGAUGGAGAUGAUGCGGCAGGAGCACUUCAAACAGCUGGACCAAUCAAUGCGCCAAGUACUCCAAACGUCGCUGCCGGUGCACCGAGCCUGGCGGAUGUGGCAGCUUCUAAUGGGUUCGCUAUUGUUCCCGUCAAGGCUGGCGAUGUGACAGGCAUUGCUUUUAUUCCCAUGUCAUCAGGCAAUACACAAAGUUCUGCGUCGUCAACGCAGAGUGCUCCGCUGACUGUCGGUCUGGCAGCUCAGCCGAAAGCCUUGAUUGGCAAUGCCACGGCUAAGGCUGCUGAAGGUCCGAAUGUCGGGACACCGCAAACAGGCUCGCAGAGCCCGACUACUCUUGAGAAUGGCUCUCGAGUCUUGAACAAGACUCCACUUGGGUCUGGCCACAUGGGCACAGGUGUUAGCGAUGCGCGCCGACAGGGCGCUGUGAACCCGGUCGGUUCUUUGAAGGACUCAAAUGAUUUGAUUGAGACUGGAAUUCCCGCUGCCAUCCCUUCCUCAGCGGCUGCGCGCAGAAACAAUGUUUUCGGAGAUCCUGCCUCUACCAGCAAUGUCAUCGUCGAUGGCAAUACCGGCGCAAUGUUUGAUGAUGGAUCACCCUUUGUCACUGUGGUCGGCAGCAACAAUGGCCUGCUUGGAUCACAAGGUGUUUCACCGAAUAUAUUUCCAGCGAACGGCAAUGCUCAACCAGGCCUUGCAGGGUUUUCGAAUCCGCUAGCCGCUACAGAUCAAUUUUCAGGGUCUGGGGGGCAAGUACUGGACCCGACGUCCAAUGGCUUCACAAAUGGCAUCUCGCAGUCUGGCGUUGGCUUGCCUGCUGGUCAGACCGGAUCUGGGUCGUCCAAUCCUGGCCUCUCCAACCAGCCGUUUGCUUCUAGCCAGACAAAUAACCCUGCGCUUGCCAAUGGCAAUCAAAUAGCUGGGCAGGCGGCUACAAGCUCUUCAAUUAUUCCCGGGCAGCCGAUCAUUCCAGUGGGACAGAACGGCUUCAACACUGGUCUAUUUGCAUAGCUUUGCCUCGUCUCAAGUUAUCUUUACAAGCGAAUACGUUUCAUCCCUGAACCGCGUUCCACUGUGGCUGUCGCAAUCCGCCAUCACGGCUGGACGCUUGAAGCACCUUGUGUUUGACACUUCCCCCAAACCGUUGAGA